AUGCCGUAUACAGCAGUACGGCCGUCACCGCAGCAGCACAGCCGAAUCGGCGGCGCCAGCCGCAAGGCCUUGGUGGCGCACGGCGCGGCCGUGCCGGGCGAGGUGGCGCGGUACCACGAGCACGCUGCCGGCGCGGGGCAGUGCUGCUCGGCCGUGGUGCAGGCGAUCGCGGCGCCCGCGGAGGCGGUGUGGUCGGUGGUGCGGCGCUUCGACCGGCCGCAGGCGUACAAGCACUUCAUCAAGAGCUGCCGCCUCGUGGACGGCGACGGCGGCGCGGUAGGGUCGGUGCGGGAGGUGCGCGUGGUGUCCGGCAUGCCUGGGACUUGCAGCCGCGAGCGCCUCGAGAUCCUGGACGACGAGCGGCGCGUGCUCAGCUUCCGCAUCGUCGGCGGCGAGCACCGGCUCGCCAACUACCGGUCCGUGACCACCGUGAACGAGGUGGCGUCGACGGUGGCCGGGGCGCCGCUCGUGACCCUUGUGGUCGAGUCGUACGUGGUGGACGUGCCGCCGGGGAACACGAGCGAGGAGACGCGCAUGUUCGUGGACACCAUCGUGCGGUGCAACCUCCAGUCGCUGGCGCGCAUGGCCGAGGAACUCGCGCUGGCAGUGCCGCUGGCCGUCAGUUGA